GGCCGCGGCGACACCCGGCGGCUCGGGGGCGAGGGCCAGGUGGGCGCGCGGAGCGGGCGGUGCGGCAGCCGCUGAAGGCCGCGGAAUUGCAAGGGCUGGAGGGGAGGCAGCGCCUGCCAAGCCCCGGCUGCUCCUCCUCUUCCUCCUCCUCCUCCAAACUCGCCGGGCUCAGCCCCAGCGCUCGCUUGCCGCCGGGAGCACCCCGAGGGACGGGAGGCAGCCGCGCGGCCCGGAGCUGGCCGGGGUCCCCCGCCGCCAUGGAUAGCGACGACGAGAUGGUGGAGGAAGCAGUGGAAGGGCACUUGGACGACGAUGGAUUGCCCCAUGGGCUCUGCACAGUCACCUACUCCUCCACAGACAGAUUCGAGGGCACCUUUGUCCACGGAGAAAAGAAUGGGCGUGGGAAGUUCUUCUUCUUCGAUGGCAGCACCCUGGAGGGCUAUUAUGUGGACGACGCCCUGCAGGGCCAGGGCGUUUACACGUAUGAGGACGGUGGCGUUCUGCAGGGGACAUAUGUAGACGGGGAGCUGAAUGGUCCAGCCCGGGAGUAUGACACAGAUGGGCGACUGAUCUUCAAGGGACAGUACAAGGACAACAUUCGGCAUGGAGUGUGCUGGAUCUACUUUCCUGAUGGAGGCAGCCUUGUAGGAGAAGUUAAUGAAGAUGGGGAGAUGACGGGAGAGAAGAUAGCCUACGUGUACCCAGAUGAGAGGACUGCCCUUUACGGCAAGUUCAUUGAUGGGGAGAUGAUGGAAGGAAAACUGGCCACCCUCCUGGCCACCGAGGAAGGGAGGCCGCACUUCGAGCUGAUGCCUGGAAGUUCUGUGUACCACUUUGAUAAGUCAACGUCAUCUUGCAUCUCUACAGAUGCUCUGCUUCCUGAUCCUUACGAAUCGGAGAGGGUUUACGUUACCCAGUCCCUCAUUUCCAGUGCAGGAGAAGGACUGUUUGCCAAGGUAGCAGUGGGACCUAAUACUGUCAUGGCUUUUUACAAUGGCGUCCGAAUUACACACCAAGAGGUGGACAGUCGGGACUGGGCUCUGAAUGGGAACACCCUGUCCCUCGAUGAGGAGACGGUCAUCGAUGUGCCUGAGCCCUAUAGCCACGUCUCCGAGUACUGUGCCUCCUUGGGACACAAGGCGAAUCACUCCUUCACUCCAAACUGCACCUACGACAUGUUUGUCCACCCCCGUUUUGGGCCCAUCAAAUGCAUCCGCACCCUCAGAGCUGUGGAGACGGACGAGGAGCUCACCGUCGCCUAUGGCUAUGACCACAGCCCCCCGGGGAAGAGCGGGCCUGAGGCCCCUGAGUGGUACCAGGUGGAGCUGAAGGCCUUCCAGGCCACCCAGCAAAAGUGAAAGGCCUGGUGGCUCUGGGGUCCAGAGACCUGGGAUGGAAACUUGGAUCUAUGCACACGUUUAUCCGACAACGGGACAACCAGGGACUGCCCAUGCUGUGAUGUCACAUCCUCUCACCCUGUGUUAGCAACACCUUUCUUGCAUACUAACUAGGUUUGACUGUAUCACUCAUACCAGAUUUAAAAUUAGCUAGCCUUGCAACAAUCCUACUGAGAGGCAUUGUGGAGCGCUUGACAUACGGCGGCGUGAUGUUCUUUGGUGGUUCAAGUCUAAAUCUGAACCACAUAGAGAUGUCAAAUGAUUGCACUGAAAAAGGGAAACGGGAUUUUUUUCAGUCGUUUUUAUUCCUAGGUGAUUUUUCCAUGUUUUUUUCUCAUGGCCAGUGCAAAUUGUGUUGUCACACUUGCAUGUGUGCCAUAUGGAAAGGAGAGGGGGAUGAAAUCUUUAUUCUCUUAAGUGUAGUAUAAUUUGCCUUUUAACCUUUGAUCUCUAUCUUGCAAUAGGAUGGCUUUGUUUUUUCCCUAGCGAACAGAAGCCCACUUUUUGAGUCACUUCUUUAGUCCUACUCCUACCUUAGCUGUCCUUUCAAGGAAAACUUCCAAAUGGAUUUCGCCACAGUGGCAGUGUGUAGAUUCUCUGGGUUUUUUUCUAGAUCAUUAUUUCAUCAUUGUGUCCUGAUAUAAAGUACUGGCUCAUAGGGCCAGGAUAUUAUUAUAGAAUUAUUAUUCUCGCAUGCAAACAAAGAUACUUUUGCUUUCAGAUGUGAGAAGAAAUGAAUUUACUUUGUUUGCAUUAAGUUAUGGAAGAGUUGUAAUAUAUACCUUAAGAGAUAAGAGAGGGAAAUUAGUAUUUCUAGGCAAAAACUGUGGCAAUUUUGCAAUAUCUUCAAUAGUGCUAAUAAUUUUUUCUCCUUGGGUACACAUUCAAUGUACAUAACCUAGUGCAGUCUGGCUAUGACACAGGCAUUGAAUUAAAAAAUCAAUAGCAAACUUGAGUUCUAAUGCAGAAUUCAGAAACUUCUUUCAAAUCAGUGCUAUGAAGGCAGACAUUGUAAUAGGUACAAAUCAAAUCUUAAAGCUAAAACUCUUCGGGGUAAUUUCAAAGCUCUUACCUGCUUCAAAGCAUAUUAAGCUAGAAGUUCACACCUGUAUAGUUUAAAAGCAAAAAUAUCAGUAGCAUUUCAGCCAUCUCGAAAGCCAUGUGUAAUCACAACUGCAGAAAUAAGGAGAAAACCCCUGCUUUUGAGUUUGGCCUAUUAGUGCUGCAAAAUGACUGAGAUUGCCCUGAAUGGAUUCUGGGAAACGGGGCUUUUAUAAGCAUGCUCACUCACCACGUGCCAUCAGCCUGUCUUCAGCUGCCUGGACAAGGUGGCUGGGAGGUCUGCAGCUAUGGCUGCUCUGGCCUGCAGCUGUCAACAGUGCCACUUGUCUGCAGUUUGGUCUUAAAGCUAAAGCCUUCCAAGCUGUCGUUAGUGACAGUGAGCUCCAGCUGAGGGACGCUUGCUGGGAGUAGGCUUAGAGUAAGGAUUAGGACAGAAAGAAGUUUGGGAUUUCUUGUCAGUUACAUAUUGCUCUUAGAAGGCUUUGAUGAAAGCGUUUGCCUGUCAGGCAGCUCCUGGACACAGGACUCAGCGCUCAAGGGGACACAGCUGCCCUCCCCUUCUUUGCAAGGCUUCCUGGCUUGCACCCACCAUGUACUCUGCAGCCAGGUGGCAGUGGCUUCUGGGAGAUCCACUUGGAUCCCUGUUUGGAAGCUUAAGCUGAUGGUUCACCCAGGAGUGGAAGUCAUCAGGAUUUCCAAAAAAGAUCUCCCACAAAAGGAACUGAGCAGUUUGUAGAUUAAAAGGCACCAGGAUAGGAUCGCUUCUAUUCUGUAGAAAGAGACUGCCUGUAAACUGUGACAGAUAGGUGAAGUCUGGAUUUGUAUUCUGAUAGGUGCUUUCAUUUAAAUAUGUCAAAAGUGAGUGACUUCUUUGAAGAAAGAUGGCUUCCAUCAGUGUCAGUCAGUUGGGCUGUGGAACCAGUCUGGGAGUGACUGGGGUAGGGAGAAGCAGCAGGUCCCACCUUGAUGCGCUGUGCCUGGCAGGACUUCAAGCCUGUGACAACACAUACCCGCUGCUCGUGGCUGCAUGGACACAGCUUCUAUUCUUAAGGGCUACUCUAGCUAUCCCAUUCAAGCGGAGUGUUUCAAAUUUUGGAAUAAAAGGAACUGAGGAGUCCUAAGUAGUGACUAACCAGCUAAUCCAUUCUUCACUUUAGCACUAUGGGUUUAAAACCCAGCCAUGUGUCCGUGACCUUCAGACAAGUCCAAAGAAACAAUAUACCCACACCAAGCUUCUCUGUCUCCCUAACUCCCUGUAUUUCCUGGAUCUUCCAGCUCUUUUUUUCUUCUUCUGUCUCUCUUCUCCUCUCUGCACAGAUGAGGAUGUCUGAGGGUCCGAGUGGAACAGCAGCCCAGCCCAGCAAUCCCAGGCUUUCCCUGUGUUUCCACUUCCUCUCCUCCCCUGCUGGCCUCCCUCUGGCUCUCUGCGAGCCUUUCGGAUACCCUCCAUGGGUACUUUUCCCUCUGUGCAUCACUUCCAGUCCCUGUGUCUGUCCAGCUCCUUCUGUCUUGUUUCUUCCACACACGUUCCCAGACCUACGGCUUUGUCACAGGCUGGCGAGUCUCUGUGCCCUGAGUAGGUAAAGAAGUGGGCGAUGGAGGUUGUGUAAAGAAUCAGCUGUUGAGGAAGGAAAGGUUCGUCCUUGUUUGAUUCAAAGUGGGGAAGCCUCAGAAUGAAUUCUGUGCUGCACAUCCGCUGUGGAAGGAAGUAGCGAGGAGUCAGCUGAAUCUGGCCAUUUCCUCAGCACUGGGAUCACAGCAAAAAAUGUGGUGGGAAAGAAAUCACUUUCCACUCUUCCCCCAGCCAGCGGGGGGCGUGGGGGGCGGUGUGCGUGUGCGUGACGCCAGGGGCUCCAGGAUUCGCUCAGAGCUCUCUCAGUCCCACUCCUGCGUGACUAGAUCCUCCCUUAGAUCCUUUCUACGAUGCCAUAGCACCUUGCGUUAGUUAGGAUCGGGGCUAACCUGCCAGAGCAGGAAUGAAUUUCCCACGUGAAGCAAUGACGAGAUGAAAAGACAGAUGAGGAGGACUUGGAUUUUGUAGUACCUAUUCUAUUUAACCUGCUUCAUUCCUGGUCUCCCUGAGCUACUAAGAAGGAAAUUCAUUUUUCAAGACCUCUUUGAACCUGUCUAGAACUAGAGUUCAAACCUCUUUGCAUUUUGGGGUUCAUCACACUUGAAAAGACUAUUUCCUUACCAUCACCAAUCCAAAAAAGCCAACGAGGCCAAAUGUGACUAUAUGCAACAUUUCAUUGUAACAAUUAAAAUUGAUUGGGCUAGGGUGGAGCUCAGUGGCAAGGCCUUGCCUGGCUUGCAGGAGGCCCUGGGUUCCAUCCCCAGCACGUCAUAAAAUAAAAUUGCAUUAAUUGUGAACAGUGAAUUAAAGGGUUGUCAUAGCGGGACAGUAUGUGGCACUUUUAGUGACUUUCAUUUCACAUAAAAACUUAAAUCGCUCACUGCAAAAUGCAUUUAAAAUCUUCCAAGAAGGUAGAGCUAGAGUUUCUGUUUUGUUGUUUUACACAAGUCGCCCCAAGUUCUGUCCUGAGUAGUGAUUUACAAUUCAAACUUUUUUGUUGUUUUAGAAAAACAAGCAAAACUAUGUUGCAAGAUGGAUAGUUGAAAUUUGCCACAGAUCAAAGGUUCACAAAAUAUAUUAAAUUUAUGUGCACUUGAGGUACCUUGAUAGAUUUUUUUGGGGGGUUUUGGUUUUUCUUGGAUUCUUCCCUUCAGAAAUUUGGAAUCUCAAUAUCGUUUUGUUUUGGUUUGUUUUUUAAUUUUAAAAAUACUAAAUCUUAGAAGUUUUCUUUGGCCAAAUGUGUGCAUACAUAUUCAAAGCAAUGAAACUAUUUGAAGCCAUACAACCACAGGGGUAGAAACCCUUUUCACAAAUUUUAAUGUGUUUGUAUAUAAAUAGAUGUUUGUAUGAAAUAUUUUCAUGAUAGAAUGAAUAUAUUUAAAAGAAGUUGAAUUAUUCCAGUGCUAUUUAAACACAUUACAAAAAUCUUUGGUGAGAAUUAUCUGAGUCUACUGAGAUAUACUGCAGAUCAAUUGUGAUUUUUAAAAAUCAAAAGCCUACAGAUCACUCUGGGGCUUCCCCAGGACCCCAGCCGCUUGCUUGCGGGUGGUGAGUUCGGUGCUAACGGGAAGUGUGUUUACCUUUUCGUGAUUCCCUGCGGGCCCUGGGGCCCCGGGCAAAUCCCAGACAUUAGAGACACCGGUGCAGUUAUCCGGAGCACAACUUCUUUGCAGGGCAGCAGAAUCCGAAGCCAGACUUGGCCGUGACCCUCGGAGCUGGGCCGCCAUCCCCACACCCCCCUACUGCCUAGUCCCAGGUCAGGGAGGCUGCCCUGGGUGGAGACCCCAGGGUGGGAUAUCAUGGUUUGCAAUGGCCUCUGCCUCCCGACCUCCCCCUCCCAGAGGGAAGAGCAGGCAGCCACCGCAGGGGUCCAUUUCUCAGCACAGUCCACUUCCUGUCUCAGCUCUGGAAUACUAUGCACCCCAGCACCCAACUUCCAGCCAGAGAGAGAGACGUCUUGGAUCUCAGAGCCCCGGCUUCCUGUCUGUGACUCUACACACAGUUGUAGAGGUCAUUUCCUUUCCAAGACCACUCAGUCCCUAGGACACACUCCUUCCUCCCUCCUGACUCUUGAGUUAAUGAAAAAAAGAGAGUGAGAAAGAGAAAACAACCUCCUUUAUAACGAAUUCGACUUGAGUGGGUUUUUUCCCCUUUGGUCCUGGAUAUAAUGAAAUAUUUCGGAGGACGAAUUUUCACUGUGUAUACUAGCAAUAUGAACCAUGCGUCUGCCAGUGUAUCCCAACCGCUCUACUUGGUUACAUUUUGGGAUACUGUAACUCAUCUUGGUUCCUGUAUGAGAACCUAAUGCCUGUAAUUAAGUAAGAAAGUCCAUGAUUCUGACCUCCCUACUUCAGACGUUUCUCUGCCUGGGUUUUCUGUGUUCUCUUUUUUCCUGAAAUACGUUUCUUGGGUUGUGUGAGGCAGGCGUAUGGAGUGGAAGCCAGGGGUCUGCUUUCUGAAUUUAUUGCAACCAAAAGUUCUUGAGCGUCGUCGGUCUUUUGUGGAAUUUGAACUAAAUCUAUGAGCCUUAUUCAAUAUCUAUAAUUCUAUGAUUUUUUUUAAUUAUGGGAAAUUAAUGAAAGAUGUUUACAUGAGUAAUGUUUGCCCUUACUGUGUGAUGAAUGAAUUUUUUGUAGUGUGUCUGGGCGCAUGUGCAAGAGAGUAGGAAAAAUGUUUCUGAAACAAAACUUGACAAAUAUUUGUAAUGAAAAGUAAAUUUAAAGACUGCUAUAAUUGCGCUAUAGAAACAAUGCAAGUAUUAAACAAAAUAUACAAUCAUUUGUCAUUGUCAUUCUU